CACAGAUUUGAUUUGAUUGUCUUUCCAGACCGUGGGAAAAAAUAUGACAUAUUUUUAUGAUGUCGAUGAGGUAAACAAUGGGUGUUCACGGACUUUGGAGAUUGAUAGAGCCCUCAGGCAAGCCGGUUCCACUUGAGACGCUCGAAAAUAAAGUUCUGGCUGUUGGUAUCCUUUAACUAGCGGAAUUACACGUGAGAUUUGAAUCGAAUGUUUAUUUUAACCUAGAGGUUCUACUUUUUACCAUCAUAAUAAAAUGCUAUUUUUCUUAACUCUUUCGCUCAGAUAUCUCGAUUUGGCUGCACCAAGCUAUUAAAGGGUUUAAAGAUGGCAGGGGCUCAUCAGUUCCCAAUGCUCAUUUAUUGGGUAUAUACCACAGAGUCUGCAAAUUGCUUUACUUCAAAAUAAAGCCUGUUUUCGUUUUUGAUGGAGGUGUACCAGCACUCAAAAAACAAACAAUCGCCAAACGAAAUCAACUCAAGUCUCGCAAUGCUACAGAAGCUGAGAGAAUAAGAAGACACUUGUUAAAUGUCAUCCUUAAGCAUUCAGCUGUAAGCAAGGUACUCUCAGAAAAAACAAAAGCAUCCCUGGUCUCUGAAGCAAAAAAGCCUAGUCGGGAUGACAUGUUCAUUUUGCCUACCCCAGAUCCUGAUGCUCCAAUAUCAUCUUCUGAGGAAGAAGAAGAAGUUUCUAUAUCUGAAACUGACUCUAGUCCAACUAAGCAGUGGGAUCUACAUACCAUUGAUCCACGAUCUAAAGAAUUCAAUGCUCUUCCUAUUGAAAUGAAGCAUGAGAUACUCACUGAACUUAUAGCAACCCGAAAACAGAGCUCUUGGGGUCGAUUACAUGAGCUACCAAAGCAAAGUGAUGAUUUUUCUUUGUACCAAAUGAAAAGGCUUUUAAAAAGACAAUCUGUUCAGUCAGCAUUGGAUGACAUUUCCAAAGAAAUGGGAGGAAACUCAUUGUCACUAGCAGAGCUUGAGGAGUUGUUGCAAGAUCAAGGUGUUUUAAAGAAAAAUGAUUCUGUUGGUAAAAGAAUUGCUUCAGAUGAAACUACAAGGUUUUUGUAUAUCAGGGAUAUAAAAGAAGCUUUGGAUAAGGCCAAGCAACAAGAAGCAGGGAAGAAUAUUGAAGAAAAACAAAAAAGCAAAGCAGAUAUAGAAGAAGAAAAGGAUUGGCAAAAAGCAAUAAGCUUAUCUCUACAAGAAGAGCCUUCUACAUCUUCUGACAGAAGAGUUUUCUUCUCAGAAGAUUACUUAGAAGAUAUAUUUGAGUCUGAUUUGAGUGAGAAUGAAGAAGUUCUUGUUGAAACUAAACUGACAUCAGCUGAGAGUUAUAUGAUGGAGUAUAGUGGCCUUAGUAGGCAUGAGGUGCAAAGGAUAAUAAGCAGAGAAAGUAAAGUGGAAGGUAAAAGGUGUUUAAGAGGAAGAGGAAAGAUCCAAGAUAAUCGGGAAGGAAAUGACAAAGGAUUGAUUAGAAAACAAAUAAUACAGAAUGAAACUGUGAAUAGUACAAAGUCUGAAACUCAAGUAAGAUCUAUUGCCAUAGAAGAAGAAGAUGAGGAGCUAAAGAAAGCUAUUGCCUUAUCACUUCAAUACAAUAUAGAUGAUAUUGAUAUGAAAAAUGGAGAAAUUAAAGAAGUGAAAUCAGUAAGCCAACAAGAACAAAUGAAAAUAGCAGAAGAUACAAUGGUGGUAAAAAAAGCUGAAGCUAAAGAGUCUUUUUCCAGAACAGGUACAAAAACUAGUUCAACUAGAGAAGAAGUAGCAUCCAAGAAGGGCGAUUUAGAACCAAAUCUUUCAAAAAAUAUUGGCACUAAAGUCCAAGACACUGUGAAAUUAGAUAGAAGUUCCAGUGAUGGCUUCAAUAUUGUAAAGGAAGAUUUAAUAGCUAAAGAGUCUAUUAAUAAACAAGAUGCAGAGACAAAAUCUGGAAGUGAAGAUUCAGAUGCAGAUGAUUUUUUGGAUGUAACUGAAGUUAGACAGGAUUGUAUUGAAGUACAGAUUGAUACUAGACAACCCCCAGAGGAAGACCUUUUUAGAGACAUCUUUUCCAAAGAUACAAAAGAUAUAAAACCAUUGGAAAUAUUGAUCAAUCCCACUGAAAACCCAGAAGAUGAUUUGUUUAAAGAUGUAUUCCAGACUUCUAAAGAUAAAGAACAAAAAACUGAAAAAAAAUUGCAGAAAAAUGAUAAUAGUUUGUCAAAGAAACUGAAGCAACUUAUAGUAGAUGAUGCUGAAAAAUCAGAAGAAUCAAAGUCUAGCAAGGCUAGUGAAGACCAGAGAGAAAGUACCCCAAAAACAAUUGAACCAAAUUUGUCUAUUCAAGACUUACAGGAGAUGAGAGAUAAUUUAGAACAGCAAAAAGAGGAUCUUCAAAUUGAACAGUCGACAAAGGAAAGACAGGCAAUCAAUAUCUCAGAGCAAAUGUACCAAGAGGCUCAAGAACUAUUGGAGCUAUUUGGAGUACCAUUCAUUAUAGCUCCAAUGGAAGCUGAAGCCCAGUGUGCUUUUCUAGAUGCUAUUGACCUCACAGAUGGUACUAUUACUGAUGAUAGUGAUAUCUGGUUAUUUGGUGGGAAGACUGUCUACAAGAACUUCUUUAACCAGAGCAAAUAUGUCAUGGAAUUUAAAGCUGAAAAUAUCAAACAUCAUUUCAAGUUGACUAGAGAACAAAUGAUUCUUUUGGCAUUAUUGGUUGGUAGUGACUAUACUAUUGGUGUCUCAGGUGUUGGACCUGUCACAGCUUUGGAGAUAUUGUCAACCUUUCCACCAACCUCUCAGUCAAAAGAGUUCACUUUGACACACAGUCAGUUGCUAUCAGGUUUGAAGGAGUUCAAGUCCUGGUUUUGUAAGGGAAGAAGUGCUGGACCUGGAAGGUCGAGCUUGAAAAACAAAUUGAAGAAUAUAAAUUUUACAGAGAACUUUCCUAGUCCUCAAGUGGUCCAAGCUUAUCUUGAGCCAGCAGUAGAGACGAGUAAGGAAGAGUUUUCUUGGUCUAAACCAGACUUUAUUGGUCUUACGUUGUAUGCUAAAGAAAAGCUUUGUUGGAGCUCCAAAAAGACUGAGGAAAUUCUUAAUCCUGUAAUCAAAAGAAUGGAAGAGGUUCAUACCCAGAAGACUAUUAAGGAUUACUUCAAGACUAAGUUUAAGGCGCCCUCAGAUGAGGCAAGACAAAAAAUGAGCAAGAGAGUAAAAAGUGCGGUAGAAAGAUUUGGAAAAACGCCAGAAGAAUUACUGGCUGAAGAGAUGGAACUUCUUGAGAAGGAAAAAGAAAAGGCUUUAAAGAAGAAAUCUACUAGUCUUGGAGAAAGUGAACCAAAAAGGAAGAAAAUGAAAAAGAAAAAAGAUGAAGAACAAGUUGAUAAUGAAAAAGUAGUAGCAAAUGAGGCAACAGUUGAAGAUGAAGACAAAACAAAGAAAUGUGCAAAAGGAAGAAAGAGGCAAGAAAAUGCAGUUGGUCAAAAAUCUAAGACAACUAGGAAGAAAAGUGGAAAAUCUGGACAGGAGACGGCUGAACCUGAUAGCACAGUAUUUGAGAAAAAUGAAGACAAUCAGAAAGAUUCAGGAUCUUCAACAAAUCAAGAAGAAUCUGCCCUCGAACUAACUGAAGAAGAAGAGAUCAAACAUCUUGAGAAUCUGGCAGCUGAAAUAAGACAAAGACGAAAGCGAAAAAACGAGUCAGGCAGCAAAAAAAUUGACUCUAGAUGGAAGAAAAAACAGCCUAUCAAGAUUUUGGAAGAUAUUCCCGAAAACAUGAUGGAAGAUCCAGGAGUUCAGGAUUUGAUAGCAACUGCAUCAGCAUCUGCAAAAAGAGUUGAACAGAUUGACAAGGAAAUUGAAAAGCAAGUUCAGAAAUUGGAAGCUCAACAACAGUCUAGAACUGAGCCAGUAACUUGUACUGAUCAGAAAGCAAAGGAAUCUUCAAGUAGAAUAAGUGAAGCAGCAUCUUCUAGUAGAAUGAGAGGAUUGCAUACUAAAGAAAUCAUUCACCAGAGGUUGAAAGAAAACAAAGAUUUACUGAAGAACAAGAUGAAAGCUAUUGAAGUAUUUAGAAAAACGAAGUUAGGGAAUGUCAAGAAGAAUCCAAGAAGAAAGAUGUUACCAAAAGAAGAGGCAGAGUUGUCAGAGGAUAGUGAUUAAAGUACUUUUUUUAUCUUUUCAGUAUUAUUUAUUUGUGAAUAUUUUUGUUUUUGUAAAGAUUAUAUUAUUUAUUUUUCUAA